AAAGAUUAGAUCCUUCAUCGACUGUGUGAGCCGCAGCCAAGAGUCUCGUUGCAAGAACAGUGCUCAUUGAGCUUGCCAUCUCGACAGAUCGACGACAGCUCUGUCCACUACAUACCGACAGAAUGGCUAGCUACACGCCGACGGGGCCUUCCUCCUCUCCGCUUAAAUCAGUCGGCUUCCCGCCUCUCUCAUCCCGAAAUCUGUCGUCGAGAGGGCUGUCAGGAGGCGACAAACUCAGUGGUCCCUCGGAAACUUUAGCUUCUGUUGGUGACACAGUCAGCUCGACCCGUAACGCAAGCACCACGACUGCAGUUGCUGCUCCUCCCGCUCGGCCAGGGACGUACUCUUUCGUUGUAGCAGGAACAAACUUCCAAAUCGACGAAAAGUACAAAUUUGUCAAAGUCAUAGGUCGUGGUGCCUAUGGUGUUGUCAUUUCGGCCGAAAACACGGAAACAAACGAAAAAGUUGCCGUAAAGAAAAUCUCCCGGGCAUUCGAAGACCUCGUGGACGCCAAGCGUAUAUUACGCGAGAUUAAACUCUUACAGCACUUUGACCAUGAAAACGUGAUCACAAUUGUAGACUUGUUGCCACCGCCAUGCUUAACGCAGUUUGACGAUGUUUAUAUCAUCGCCGAUCUCAUGGAGACCGACUUGCACCGAAUUAUCUACUCGAGACAGCCGCUUACUGACGACCAUGUGCAGUAUUUCCUGUAUCAGAUCUUGAGAGCUCUCAAGUACAUUCACUCUGCCAAUGUCCUUCAUCGAGACUUAAAGCCGUCGAAUCUGUUGCUCAACUCGAAUUGCGACUUGAAAGUGUGCGACUUUGGCUUAUCGCGAGGUGUCACACCCGAGGAAGACAACAUGGAACUCACAGAGUACGUCGUCACACGUUGGUAUCGCGCGCCAGAGAUCAUGCUCUCGUCGAGAGAGUACACCAAGGCAAUUGACAUUUGGUCCACUGGAUGCAUUUUCGCUGAGCUACUCGGUCGUACGCCACUUUUCCCUGGUGACGACUAUAUCCACCAACUCCAAAUCAUUUGUGACAAGAUCGGAACUCCAUGUGAAGAGGAUCUGCAUUUUGUUGUGAGUGAACGAGCCAAACGCUUCAUGAAGAAUCAGCCAAUGAGACCUGGUGUUCCGUUUGCUAAACUCUAUCCGAAAGCUUCACCGGAAGCCAUGGACUUGCUGCAACGCAUGCUUGUGUUUGAUCCGGUAAAACGAAUCUCAGUGGAGGAAGCUCUGGAGCAUCCGUACUUGGCGUCACUGCACAAUUUGGAGGACGAACCUGUUGCAGACAGUUGCUUCAGCUUCGACUUUGAGAAAGAAGACCUGACCGAGUCUCGACUCAAGGAACUCAUCUUUGAGGAGAUCCUUAGAAUUCACCCGGAUGCACCACGCAGUCCCUUAAAAUCGUCUCCUGCAGGAAUAAACAGCCCUCCUCCCACUGAGCAAGUGCUUAGCCCAAGCACGACUCACUCGCACACACAGGACUGAUCCAUGACGAAUGCAUACCGUUAAGACACCAGCUCGAAGAAAGAGUGAUUAAUGCAAUUAACAAAAAUGCAAAAUGAACCUCAA